AUGGAAUUGUUAUCAGACAACGAUAAAAUUGAAAACCAAUACAAACUUGACUUAAAUAAACAUCAAAAUUUUCAAAUUAACAAUGAAAACUCUGUUAAUUCAAUUGAUGACCAAAUAAAUAUUGAAGUUGACCAAAUUUGUGUUAAAACUUUAAAAAAUGAGGAAAUUAACAAUAAUAAGCAUUUACUCCUUCUUGAUGGUUAUAGUUUAGCUGUAGAGGAUUUGGUUAAUACUUCGGAUAUAAAUUGUCAAAUAAAGUUAAAGGAUGAUGCUAGACAACGGAUUUUGGAUGCAAGAAAAUUCCUUGAGAAAGUUGCAGCUGAACACAAAAUAAUAUAUGGAAUAACAACUGGUUUUGGGACUUUUGCUAACGUCGAAAUACCUUCAGAUGAUUUAAGGCAUUUAUUAUUCUUUUUGAUUACGCACACAUUAAAGAACACAGAGCAACUCCAGUUAAAUUUAAUUCGUUCGCAUGCUACUGGUUAUGGAAAGCCUUUGGAACCUGCAAAAGCAAGAAUGUUGUUAGCACUUCGGAUUAACGUUUUAGCUAAAGGUCAUAGCGGAAUUUCUCUUGAGAAUUUAGAUAAAUUGAUUGAUGCUUUUAAUGCAUAUUGUGUCUCUUAUGUUCCAGAACAGGGAACUGUUGGUUGCAGUGGAGAUCUUUGCCCACUUGCACAUUUAGCUUUAGGACUUCUUGGUGAAGGCCAAAUGUGGUCACCCUCAACGGGCUGGGCACCUGCUUGUGAUGUUCUUAAACAUAAUGGUCUUCGACCUAUUGAAUUGAGCUACAAAGAAGGGUUAGCUUUAAUAAAUGGCACACAAUUAGUCUCAUCAAUCGGAUCACUUGCUGUUGUUCGUGCAGAGAAUUUAGCUAGACAAGCGGAUGUAAUUGCUGCAUUAACUUUAGAUGUUCUUAAAGGGACAACUAGAGCUUUUGAUGCUAAAGUCCAUAAAGUUAGGCCUCACAAAGGUCAAAACCUUGUUGCUGGAAGAUUACGAGCUUUACUUCAUUCUGACUUAAAUAGGUCGGAAAUUGCUGAAUCUCACCGGCAUUGUGGUAAAGUUCAGGAUGCAUACACUCUUAGAUGUGUUCCACAAGUUCAUGGAGUUACCCACGAUACAAUUGAAUUUGUUAAGGAAUUAUUAAAUAUAGAAAUUAAUUCAGCAACUGAUAAUCCUUUAAUCUUUUCUGAUGUUGAGGAAAUUAUUUCUGGAGGAAAUUUUCAUGGAGAAUAUCCGGCAAAGGCGCUCGAUUAUUUAGCAAUUGCUGUUCAUGAAUUGGCACAAAUGAGUGAAAGAAGAUUAGAGAGACUUGUUAAUCACGAACUUAGCGGCCUUCCAACAUUUCUCACACAAAAUGGAGGUCUUAAUUCUGGUUUUAUGACAGUCCAACUUUGUGCUGCAUCAUUAGUUUCUGAAAAUAAAGUUCUUUGCCAUCCAUCUUCUGCUGAUUCUAUUCCAACUAGUUGUAAUCAAGAAGAUCAUGUAUCCAUGGGAGGCUUCUCGGCUAGAAAAGCAUUGAAAGUUGUUGAACAUACAGAGGCAGGUACAUAUGGAAUAGAAUUUCUAAAACCUUUAAAGAGUACAGAAACUCUUCAAAAGGUUUAUGAGUUGGUUCGGAGUGUUGCACCUCCAUUAAAUGAUGAUCGGUAUAUGCAACCAGAAAUUCAAUCAGUCAUUUCAUUAGUUCGUUCAAAUAAAAUAUGGACAGUUGUGGAACCACAUUUGGAAAGAAUGAGUAAAUUAGAAUCUUGUAGACCUGAUUUACUGCGGCAAGAAGCUGGAAGUCCAACUGCUGCUGUUUUGGGUUUUCCUGAUUUCUCGCGAGUUUUAUAA